UGGUUUUUCCUCAGAGAAUUGUUUAUCAAAUCAAUUAUCCUCUCAAUCAAGAAAGUUGUUACUUGAAGAUAAUAGAAAAGAGAGCUCUCAAAGGUAAUGAGCUGUCAGGGCAAAUCGUCAAAAGAAUAGGCCAAAAGUGACUGCCUGCACCAUUACUUUGUUGCUUUCUUCCUUGUCCUUUUAAGGAGCGUUUGAUAUGGGCUGCAGACUUAUAUGAGCUGUGUGACAUUAGAGUAGGGGUAGCCAAGAAUGAGCCAAGGGGGUGAAGUUAGAGGAGUACAUACCAGACAAGGAAACUCUGAAUUUGUUUCUUGGGGAACUCCAAAUGCUGAUUAUGCUAGUGAAAAGAAGAAGUCCUUGCGAGUUCGCUACGUAUACGCCGUUAUCUUCCUGAUGACGAAUCUCAUUGCUUGGUUUAUUCGAGAUUAUGGGAAAAGGAUUAUACCUCAGCUACGUUAUCUUAAAUCCUGUGGAGCAGGAGGACAAGAUUGUUUUCUCACACUCGGAGUUCUUCGUGUGAGCUUAGGAUGCUUUAUAUUUUUCUUUCUGAUGUUUCUCUCUACGUCGAGAACAAGAAAAUUACACGAACCUCGAAAUGUCUGGCAUUCUAGUUGGUGGAGCUUGAAGUUCAUUGUGUUUAUUGUUUCAGUGUUGGUUCCAUUCUUCUUCCCUCCAGCUCUUAUCCAAUUAUAUGGUGAAGUUGCUCGUGUAGGUGCAGGGAUAUUUCUCCUCCUCCAACUGGUAAGUGUUAUCCAGUUUAUCUCAUGGUGGAACAAGUACUGGAUGCCUGAUGAGAAAAUGAAGCAGAUCUGCUCGCUUGGAUUAUUCACGUCGACGAUCUUUUACAUAGCUUCGUUCUGCGGGAUUGGUUUGAUGUACUUCUUAUAUGUUCCAAAACUGAGAUGUGUUCUCAAUAUAUUCUUCAUUUCUUGGACUUUGAUUCUCCUCAUUGUGAUGAUGGUUGUGUCUUUACAUUCAAAGGUCAAUAGAGGUCUGUUAUCAUCCGGUAUCAUGGCUUCGUAUGUCGUCUUCCUCUGCUGGUCUGCCAUUAGAAGCGAACCGGCGACCGAGAAAUGCUGUGCACAGAAGCAAGGGAGUGGGACUAGUGACUGGAUUACUAUACUUAGCUUCUUAAUUGCUAUCUGUGCAGUUGUCAUGGCAACCUUCUCAACUGGUAUUGAUUCACAAUCAUUUCAGUUUCGUAAAGACGAAGCAAAAGAGGAAGAUGACAUUCCUUACAAGUAUGGUUUUUUCCAUAUCAUAUUCUCUCUAGGAGCCAUGUACUUUGCAAUGCUCUUCAUCAGCUGGAACCUCAACAACUCAGCCACAAAGUGGAGCAUGGAUGUUGGAUGGACAAGUACAUGGGUUAAAAUCAUUAAUGAAUGGCUUGCAGCCUCAAUAUACUUGUGGACAUUGAUUUCUCCGGUGGUGAGACAGACAAAGGUUAGGAAUCAUGAAGAAGCUGUGCAAGCAAAUGGUUCAGCAAUUCCUUGAUUAACUUCUGGAAGAUUUUAUUUUUGUAUUCUCAUUAUUUUGUCCCUUCCAUUUUUAUUAAAUUUGUUCUUGUUGUAUCAAAAACUUCGAUGAAAAAUGAUAAAAAGU